GCGCACCCCGGUCUCCUCUUCCUUCCUCCACUUUUCUCCACACUCUUCGACUGCCAGCGAUGACCGAUCCGUCCGUGCAGCGCGUGACGCCUCCCGCUAAGAACUGCGGCGGCAAGGUCCGCGGCGUGCUCGUCAAGCACUGGACGGUGCCCGAAAAGCACCGCUCCGAGCAGCAGGACGCGGCCGAGGAGUACCUGCUGACGGCCUACCUCUUCGGCAAGUACUGGACGCUGCCGUGGAUCAAAUUCAACCGCUGGUACCUCUUCUGCGCGAGCUUCAUGGUGCAGUUCUGCAUCGGCUCGCUCUACUCGUGGUCGGUGCUCAACAACCCCAUUGACCUGCUCAUCUACAACGACAAGACCAAGGGCAUGGCCGUCAACGCCUUCUACAUCGCCGUCGGGGUCUUCGGCACGUCCACGGCCAUCAUGGGCCCGUGGAUCGAGCGCAACGGCCCGCGCGCCGGUGUCGUCCUCGGCGCCACCUCGUUCCUCAUCGGGUGCGUCGUCAGCUGCAUCUCGCUGCACGCCAAGUCCAUCGUGGGGCUGUACGUGGGCUACGGACUCUUCUGCGGCUUCGGCAGCGGUCUCUGCUACAUCUCUCCAGUCUCCGCGCUCCAGAAGUGGUUCCCGGACUACCGCGGCGCUGCUGCAGGCUUCGCUGUGGGCGGCUACGGUGCCGGCUCCGUGGUGUGGGGCAAGGCGUACCUGCCUAUCAUCGAGGCCACCAGCGUGCCCGACCUGUUCAUCGUCGUGGGGUGCGUCUUCACCUUCAUCCUGCUCUGCUGCGCCGUGUGUCUGCGCACGCCGCACGCCACGUUCCACGUGGCCGGGCUCAACAUGCACGGAGAGGCGGUGCGCGAGGCGGAGGAGUCGUUCGCGCGCGGCGAGAAGAUCAGCGUCAUGUCCGCGCACGAGUACGAGUCCAUCAUGACGCCCACGGCCAAGGAGAUGGAGGCGCUCGUGGACCCGAGCGCCGACCCGCACGACACCAACUCGCAGGUCAAGAAGAUGACGCUGAUCCAGGCCAUCACGUCGCCCGACUUCAUCUUCCUCUACAUCAUGUUCUUCGGCAACCAGCUCUACGGCCUCAUCGUGCUGUCCAAGCUCUCCACCAUGUGCACGACGCUCUUCGGCAAGACGGCCGACCAGGGCGCGGACAUCGUGUCCAUCAACGGCGCCUUCAACUGCGUGGGGCGCCUCCUGUUCCCGCUCAUCUCGGAUGUGAUCGUGCGCAAAUUCAACGUCGAGCACGCCUUCGCGCGCAAGUGCCUCUUCUACUACGGGCUGGUCUCGCAGAUCACGAUCAUCGCCAUCUUCCCCACGCUCAUCCGCAACGAGAGCUACACGGCCUUCGUGGUGCUCGUCUUCCUGCUCACGCUCUCGUACGGCGGCGGCUUCGGCACGAUCCCGUGCUUCCUCACCGACAUGUUCGGCGCCUUCAACAUCGGCGCCAUGCACGGCUUCAUCCUCACGGCCUGGUCGCUGGGCGGCGUGGCCGGCGGCCUGAGCUUCAACGCCAAGUACAACGCGGCCAUCAAGGACGGCACGACGCCCGUGGACGCGUACGUGGACGGCAUCUACAAGAUCCUGAUCGUCGUGUGCGUCACGGGCAUCUUCAUCUUCAUGGUGCGCACCAACCCGCGCGACCGCUUCGAGAAGGGCUACCACUACAGCCUCUUCGGCAAGCGCGUCAUCAGCAUCAAGCCCAAGGACACGGCCGCGAGCAAGGAGGACCUGCUGCAGAGCGAGGCCUAAAGAGGGAGAAGAAGGAGGA